GCUGAUUUUACUACUGAUAAUUAUUUUCUCCUUCACUCUUCAGAUCCAAUAUCUGAAAACUUAAUUUUUUUUUUUAAAAAAGGAAGAACGAAAUUCAAACAUGGAAAUCAUCCGACCUCAGAGGAAAUCCUCAUUUGCCUCUGCCUCCGCUGCUGUUCCAACAAUCCCACUUUACCGUUCGGCACCGGAUCUCGAAGUCCAACUCGAAGAAUUUGAACUUUACGCAAUUCAACGUCUCCGAGUUCUUAAAGGGAUUUCAGAUGGAUUGUCCCGGGGCAAGAAACCCGACGAAAUGGAGAAAUUGGUAAAGGAUUUAUGGAAGGCAAAUAUGAUGCAUCCGGAAGCAUCGGAGGUUGUCAACAAGGAUGUCAUUUCCCAUUUUGUUCUGCGCCUUGUUUAUUGCAGAGAGGAGGAAUUAAGCAAAUGGUUUCUUUCAAUGGAGACUGCCUUAUUUUGCUAUCGUUUUCAAAAUGAAGCUCCUGAACCCCAGAGGGCAUUGUUGGACGAGUUUGACCUGCCAUACAAAGCCGUAAGCACUGCUGAAUAUGAGGGUGUAAAAGAUAAAUUGAACCAAGUAGCACGCUCCAUUGGUGGUCAAACUUCAACCAGUGACACCAAAUUCUACAAGGUUCCAUUUGAGGAAGUUCCCGAUCUUGUGGCAAAGCGUAAAGUAUUUGUCCAAAAGGGAAAUGCGUAUUUUUCAAUGAAUCAGGUGAUUUCCCUUCUUAUGUCACAAUACCGCAGCAAUCUUUCAAAGGCACUUGCGUUGACAAAAAGAAAAUGGAUCUCCAUGAUCAGAGAACAAGAAAAGGAUAGACUAACUCCUAUCGUUGAAGCUCUAUCAACCAGUUAUUUAGGUCCUGACUACAGCCAGCCAAAAGAAUAUGCAGAACUAUCAAUAAAGGACAUCGAUCAAGUUGCGAAAAGGUCAUUCCCACUCUGCAUGCGUCAUUUGUUUGACAAGCUUAGAGAGGAUCAUCAUUUGAAGCACGGAGGUCGUAUGCAACUGGGUUUAUUUCUCAAGGGUGUUGGAUUGAAGUUGGAUGAUGCCCUUGCUUUUUGGAAAGCGGAGUUCUCCCGGAAGGUUGGUGCCGACAGAUUCGACAAAGAAUAUGCAUAUGGCAUACGCCACAAUUAUGGAAAAGAAGGGAAGAGGACAGAUUACACUCCCUAUUCAUGUCAGAAGAUUAUAAGUUCAACCCCGGGUGUUGGAGAUCAUCAUGGAUGUCCUUAUCGUCAUUUCAGUGAGGAGAAUUUGAGAGAAGCUCUUGCUAAGAUGGGAGUGGGUGGUCGUGCAGUGGAAGAGAUCAUUGACAAGAAGCGAAACAGACAUUUUCAGUUAGCAUGCACCUUGACUUUUGAAGCUGUUCAUGGGGCAUCAUGUGAUGCUGGGAUCAAUCAUCCAAACCAGUACUACAUUGACAGCAAAAGGAUCUUGGAAUCAAAGAACAAUUCCAAGAGUCCAUAACGAGCCAUUGGUUUAGUGUUGGAACAGUUCUACUUGUUGCCCAAGUCCUCUGCAUGUUAUUGAAUCCAAAGCUUCUCAACUUUUCAUGUGUAAUUUAUUGUCAAUGAUAUCUUGAUCUUACUAUAAAGAACACAAACUCGAGUUCUAUAAAAGUACAAGAGUCUAUAUUCAAGUUUGUUAUAUGAAGCUAUUAUAUACAAGAGGGAGAUUGGAGUCAAUAAUAUAAGAGAGAUUCACAAAAAAGCAAUGUUAAAAAGUGCAGUCAGUGCCAUUCACUCAAUAGUAGAGGGACUUGGUAGGGAUGAAAAAAAUCUCUUUUCAUUACCAUGCAUUGCCCUUUCCUAGCCUUGAAUUAUCCAAAUCUAUCCCUAAUUAUUUUAUUUUUACGUUUUUUAUCAGGAAAAUUUUAAUUCUCACCCCUUUCUUGUCCUGUCUCUUGAAGUUUUUUGAUGAGUUAUCCAUUGCUAUUCCUAUUAAUUGGUCGUAGGUGUCAUAAACGGUAAUUAUGCUUUGUUUAGCAUUUAAAAUUGUAGUAAUGAGUAUAUUUUCAUAAGUUAUUGUCUAUGGUGCCUUGACCUUAUAUAAGAAGCAGUAUAGUUUUUUUAUUUUAAAGUCCUAGAGUCUGUAUUCAAGUUUGUAAUGUGCAGCUGAGAGAAAUUGGAAUCAACAAAGGGAUAGUUUACUCA